AUGGCUACACCUAUACGCAUGCUUCUCGAGGCAAUCCCGCUUUUUAACAAAACCUGUAACGGCGGCGUAUUUAAUGCACACUUGGAGGUCUUUCCCAACGCAUCAGACCUCGUUUUCACCCAUCGCGAAGUGGCGCCGGGAACCGUUCGUGAUGGAUUCCGAACGGUCAUUAUCUCAGCCAAAAGCUCAACGGACGCUAUCCCGAGAGACGCGUUGUGUAUCAGCUGGAACCGCAAACUGGAACGGAAGACGACGCAGUUCUUCAUAAGCGGGAUUGCCGACCAAUCUAAGCCAGCUGAGAUCAUGCUGCAGAGCGCGUACCGACCUGACAUUGGGCAGCCGGUGCAUGGGUCCCCGUCAACAGUACCUUGCUCGCCAGAUUCAGUCGCUCUCAAGCGUGCCGACCUGAUAACAAUGCGUUAUGCAGGUUCCCGGGAGGGUGUCGCGAUGUUGUUCAGUGUAGACUUUAGCACUUAG